GCGUGCGUAGUGUUUUACUUUUGCGGUGCUUGCGAGACAGCUAGAGGUAAGCGGACCUUAGCUUCUACGCGCACAUCUAGCUGCUUAGUCGAGGAAAGUAGGUUAUACCUGCCGCUUGUUUCUCCACCCUUUCCCGUACUAUUAUGUGAAGCUUAUCAGUCCCUAUUUUCGUACACUGAACAUGUCGGCGGCUUUAUAUCUCUUGUCUACAUUAGGAGGUUACAUCGUUUCUUCGUUUCUCCUUCUAAAAUGCCCGACGUUGCUGCACAAGAAGAAACAGCAGAAAUUCCGGUGCCGGCACAUAUCGCAUCGUGGGGGAGCAGGAGAGAAUUUGGAAAACACAAUGGCUGCGUUUAGACAUGCAGUCAACCUUGGGACAGAUAUGUUGGAAUUGGACUGUCACCUGACAAAGGAUGAGCAAGUGGUCGUAUCUCAUGAUGAGAACCUACAUAGAGCAACAGGGGUCAACAUCAACAUCUCUGAUGUUAAGUACUCUGAGCUUCCACCAUACCUUUGCAAGUUGAAUGUCACUUUUGAAAAAGAAUGCUGCUGUGAAGGAGGUGAUGACAAACGGAUUCCACUGUUGAAGGAGGUCUUUGAGGCAUUUCCAACAACACCUGUAAAUAUUGACAUCAAGGCCAACAAUAACAGACUGGUUUCCAAGGUUUCAGAGUUAGUAAAAAAGUACAACCGAGAACAUCUCACAGUCUGGGGCAAUGCAGAUCGUGAAGUAAUAAAAAAGUGUAUCAGAGAGAACAAAAAUAUUCCUGUGCUGUUUUGUCUGCAACGUGUCCUUUUCCUUGUUGGGUUGUUUUACACAGGCCUUUUACCAUUCAUCCCUCUACAUGAACAGUUUCUUGAAAUUCCAAUGCCUUCAAUCAUAAUGAAGCUUAAAGAUCCAGAGAAACUUCCCAGAAGUCAGAAAUUUGUUAUAUGGCUCGCUGAUACUUUGCUGAUGAGGAAGUCUUUGUUUGACCACCUGACAGCACGAGGGAUCCAGGUUUAUAUAUGGGUCCUGAAUGAGGAGAAAGAAUUUCAAAGAGCAUUUAGUUUGGGAGCAACUGGCGUUAUGACAGAUUAUCCCACAAAGCUGAAGAUGUUUUUAGACAAAUAUUAAUCCUGACUGAAUCAAUGAAAGUAUUUAAAGCAUUUGGUAAGCAUUGGCAUUACAUUACAGAACCCCGUAAUGGAUAAGGAACCCUGAAAUGAAUUAGGGGGCAUACUCCACCAGAUUUGUUACCUCAUUUCAUUUGGAUAAUGAAUGAACUUUUGUUAGAUUUACAUAUACAGACAUGUAGCAAAUAACUGUCCAAAUACUCCAGUGCGCAGUGCUGGAGUACAUUACAGUUACUCUGAGGUAUGAAGAAGUGUGAUACAUCACAAAGGAUUUUUCUGCCAGCCACUUGAUACAUACUUGUCAAGUAGCAUUACAUUUUCUGGGAUUCUAUAUUAAUUUUCCCUUCUGCCUGAAAGACCUGUACAUACCACCCCCCUCUGCUCUUGGUACACAGAGAUAGCUUUUAAAGCAGAUUGGUUGUAUUCAACAUUUAAAGCUUUUGAAAAAUUGCUAAACAGUACACUGAAUGCACUUUGGAAGAGGUGGAUAAACUCUGGCUGUCACUUAAUUGUAAAUGUAAGCACUACAAUCUUCUCAAAAUGAAGCCUUUCUAACUAUGCUUCUUGCUUUCAAACAAACAAAAAAAGAAUGGGCAAAAUAAGUAGAGAAUGCAUUUUAUACAGGCAAAAAUAAAAAGAUUAGAGUAAAAAAUACCUUUUACACACAUUUAACAUUACAUUUCCAAAAUUAUAGUUUAAAAUAUAAAAUUUAAAUACUUGGGACCAUGAAUUGAUUCCGACUUUCAAAAAAAUUAUGCAGCUUGUUUUGUUUCCAGCAACACAAUUGAAUUAAAAAGUGAAGUAAUUGCAUUUACUUUGUCAUGGUGAAUUCCAAAAGGUCAUGCAGUGGACAUUUUUAACUUUUUUUAUUUCUGUUUUUAAUCAAAACAGAGCAAUACUGUAUGCUUCUAAAAACACAAGUUAUUAGUUGGGUAUUUAAAAUAUGAAAAAAGCACUGUUGCCUGGUAACUGGCCAUUAUCAGAUGCUAGAGUUCACCUUUAAAUCAUUUAUUUAUGUAAUUAAAGAAAUGUUCUUUAUAAUGUUAUUGAUGAAAGAAAAUACUUGAAUGGUUACUUUUUCACUGUUUUGGCAAUGAAUAAAUCAUAGUUACCAAUUUAAGCAGUUGCUGAAUUAUGCCAUGAUGACGGUAAGGAUUCAAAGAAAGAGGCAUAUCAGUACGUGCUGAAACUUUUAUUACUGGCUACCUGUGCUGAGGUUUCUACUUGAAUUGUACCCACUCCGUUGCAGUGACAGGAAUAAUGGCAACUUUGCAGUUUUAAUGGAACAGCAGAAGCAAAAGAAACUUUGGCAAUGCUGGUAAAAUGUUUACCUGUGGAAUCUGCCUUCACAUCAGUCUUAUGACCUGCAUGGUUGCAUCACAGAAGAAUAUGCUAUUUGCUGUGCUCUGGAACUGUAAAUGGUUUAACUACAAAAAACCCUAUUAAAAUAGAACUCAAAGGGUAUAACAUAGUGAUUGUUUCAGAAUACCUAUUUCAUGACUUCUUGUAUUCCUCAAGGUGAACACAGUUUGGUUUGCUUCACAGUUUUCUGUACCGUAUAAGGAAGGAUAGUCAUUGAAACUGUUUCUUUGAGGCUAGAUUAGUGGAUGUGAUCCAUGGCUGCUGCAAAAUGUAAACCCGGAAACAGCUUCUUCACGAGUGAACAAGGUAUGGAUUUAAGACACACCUGUACCAUCAAUAAACAUUAUUAUGUAAUGAAAUUAAACAUUUUGGACACCAAGAUAUGGUGUAAAAUAUGUUAUGUAUAGCUGUAGUUGUCAGUCCUCUGUUGUGUAUGUGACUGUUGUAGGGCUGUACAUAAUGAUUUUGACAACUCAAGAGUUAUAUAUCAGGUAAGCAACAGAGCACCAGCAUUCUUGGAAUUAAAAAAAUGUCUGAAUUCCUUA